AUGCAGCAGGAGCGCAUCAUAAACGCCACCCUGGCCGGGGAGGACGUGUUCGUGCUCAUGCCCACGGGCGGAGGCAAGAGCCUCUGCUACCAGCUGCCGGCGCUGCUGUCUGACGGCCUGACUGUCGUCAUAUCGCCCCUGGACCAGAUCUUCCACCUGAGGGAGGCCAACAUCGGGGCGGCCUCCCUGGGCUCGGCCCAGUCUUGGGAGGAGCAGCGGCAAGUGCUGGACGGCAUCAAGGCUGGGACCUCGGACGUCCGGCUGGUGUUUGUGACGCCUGAAAAGGUGGCGCGCAGUGACGUGCUGAUGCGGGCGCUGGACGGGCUGGCGGCGGAGGGGCGCCUCGCACGGGUCGUGGUGGACGAGGCGCACUGCGUUUCGCAAUGGGGCCACGACUUCCGCCCCGACUACAAAAAGUUGUCGGUCUUCAAGGCGCGAUACCCCAAGGUCCCCCUGAUGGCGCUGACCGCGACGGCCACGGCGCGCGUGCAGCACGACGUGCGGCAGCAGCUCUGCAUCCCGCGCUGCGUGGUCUUCAAGACCAGCUUCAACCGGGACAACCUCAGGCGCGGCCGGGGCGGCACAGCCCCCGCGCGCGGGGCGUACGUUGUGCGCAAGAAGGGCAAGAGCGCGGCGCAGGACAUCGGAGAGCUGCUCACGAAAAAGUGA